CGAGAAUGUCAGCCAAAUCAUCAGCUUGGAUUUUUCGUUAAUUUUAUGUUGUUUUACAUUAUAGUUGCAGUGAUUUUUGUUUGAAAAAGUUAUUGAACAGUUAAAUAAACAAAAUGGAUCGUUUUAUAAGCAUGUGGAAAGUGCGGGAGCUGGCGGAUAAAGUUACAAACGUAGUAAUGAACUACACAGAGGUCGAAGGCAAGGUCCGCGAAGCGACAUCAGACGAGGCCUGGGGUCCGACCGGGCAGCAAAUGCAAGAACUGGCGCUCGCCACUUUCACAUAUGAGCAUUUUCCUGAAGUCAUGUCUAUGCUUUGGAGGCGGAUGUUGCAUGAUAACAGGUCACACUGGAGGAGGACCUAUAAGUGCCUACUCCUGCUAAGCUACUUGGUGCGAAACGGGUCAGAGCGAGUGGUCACAUCAGCCCGGGAACACAUAUACGACCUGCGCUCAUUAGAAAACUACACGUACGUGGAUGAUGUGGGCAAAGACCAGGGUAUCAACGUUCGUCACAAGGUGCGAGAACUGAUCGACUUUAUCCAGGACGAUGACAAACUGAGAGAGGAGAGGAAAAAGGCUAAGAAGAACAAGGACAAAUAUAUCGGCAUGUCAUCGGAGGCUGGUGCCAUGGGCAUGCGUGGUUCAGGAGGUUGGGGCGAAUACAGCGACCGCGGCGGCGGCGGUGGCAAUAACUGGGAUGAACCAAAAGAAAGACACGACGAAGACGAUUACGACCGGGCAGAUGAUUCCGAUGGCGACUACAGCCAUGGGCCCAGCCACGCCAGCGCACGGAAAGCCAACAAAGAAAACGUAUACCGCGACGAUGGUGCGGGCAGUCCUCCGCCUCGCUCGCUCAGCUCGCGCUCCUCCGAGCGAGAGAGAGAGCGCGAUACUGAUGGCUACGUCAGUGCAGCCGGCCUGGGUUCUACUGGCCUGGGCUCUACUGGCCUGGGGUCUGCGAAUACGUUGAAUAUUAGUUUGAAGAGCCCGGCUAAGACUAAGAGCAGUACGCCUAGCAAGAAAAUUGAUUUGGGCGCUGCCGCGAGCUACGGCAAAUCCGCUGCCGCCCCCGCGCCCGCGCCCGCGCCCGCUCCAGUAGCAGCCACCACCCAGUCGCAACAACUAUUAGACGACUUGUUCAAGACCUGUCCCGCGCCCGCUCCAGGCAGCGAAACUGCGACACAGGGCGGACUUCUCGAGGAUGACUUUGAUCCCAGAGCCGAAGACCCAAAACCGGCAGCACCCAGCUCCACCGAGUUUGGAGACUUCACCAAUGCCUUCGGGGCCCCCGAACCUGUCUCCAAUGAUGGCUUUGCUGACUUCAGCAACGCCUUCACCGGAGCACCCACUAACUUCACACCUGCCUUUGGAGCCCCGGCUAGCAAUAACUUUGGAGCUCCGGCUAGCAAUAAUUUUGGAGCUCCGGCUAGUAAUAACUUUGGAGCUCCGGCUAGCAAUAACUUCGGGGUGCCCGCUAGUAAUAAUUUUGGAUCUUCUAUGAGCAACAGCUUUGUGGGAAAUGUUACUACACCGGUUAAUAAUAAUGCUGCACCCGCCCCGGCAUCGAACCUAGACCUGCUGAGUGACCUGGCCCCUCCUCCGAUGACCCCGAUGGGAGGCUUUACCGACCUGGACUCCCUCUCAUCACAGCUGUCUGAAGUCACACUACAGCCCACACCGACUGACAAUGAAAAAAAGAAAAUCGACCUCCGCAGAGAGUUACGAACACUAGUAGACGCUUUACAUGGACUCGAGCGAGUGAACUCAGCCAGCCAAGCGAAAAACCUGGCUUUGUACCUUGAAGAUCUUCUCAAGAUCCUCCCCGGACCCAUCACAGUGCAAAAGCUAAGCCGAAUCGAUGAGAAAACCUUCAACGAUGAAGUUCUGGAAGUGUUUGUGCAGUGUUUAAGCAGUGUAGUGCGUGUUUUAAUAUCAUCCUGGCCGCUGUUCAAGAACGAAAUCUCAAGAUUGUUCACCGUUGAAGAAAGUUUUGAGGUUAGUCAAGAAACACUUGCAGUUUUAUGCGGAUUUUUGAAAAAUGAAAUGAACGAGGUAACUUUAAACGCUUUGGCGUCAAUUUUGACUGAUUAUGUUAAAAGUGAUGCAGUUUUGACUGCUAUUAUUGACUGUAGUAGUGUCAAAUUUGAUGAUAAAAGUGAGCAGUAUAAACUGCAAAAUGAAUGGGAGAGCUAUGUUCAACUUUUAGUUACAUUACCAGAAAGAAUUGCUAAUAAAUUGGAGAAAAAUACGCCAAAGAAUUUCUCGCAUGAGAACUAUUCUUACAAUUUGAUCUUUCACAUUAUAAGAGCCAUGGAUUUCAUGACUGAGUCCAGUUACGCACAAAACAUACAGUAUGAUAUUUCAUACUUGUCAUUUUUAGUCUCGAAAGUGAUUAUUAAUUAUAAUAUGAGCGGAAAUUCAGACGCCAUAUUCAAAUUUAUAGACACACUUAUCGCUUGGUCGACCAAUGAAACUGAUACUAUGUUUAUUAGACGAAAACUCGUACAAAAAAUGUUCUUUCAUCUAAACAGACAAGCUAUAGAUUUUAUUUCACUAACUUUACUACACAGAUCACCCAUAGACUAUAACAAGUCGGAACAAGCAAUCUUGCAUGUCCUUGGAGACAAUUUCGAUAAAAAUAAAGACUGGAAAGAAAUACUAACAUAUAGAAUACCAUUAUUCAUUCAACCCAAAGACUACAAAGAUACAACUAUACCAGAAAACUUGAUAUAUUAUCUGUCUACUACAAAAGACAGCAAAGUUUUGACUGAAUUAGUUUUGAAAUUAAGUAGAGUCUGGUCUGACGUGAAACACUCAAAUGUAACUAACAUAACACAACAUAUGUACACAUCACAGUUACUGAUUCUUGCUAUCAAAUAUUGUGUUCUCAUACAUAUGGAGAACAAAGAAAACUGGUCGUUAAACGAAUUAAAAACAAUCCUUUAUAAAGGCAUGUCAAAACAUCUUGAUGUGAUGUCGCAAGAAUUCAGAUGUAUCGGCAUGGCCACUAUUGAGAUUAUACUAAAAUUAUUCGCAGAAAUAGACGAUAGUGAUAAAGCAGCUGAAAAACUAAGCUUUGAUUAUAAAGAAAUGGGACCAAAUUGCGUUGAAAUAUAUAAUCAGCUCAAAGAAUUAACGCAUAAAUGCAUAACAGAUAGUAAGAAAAAGAUUCCUAAAGAUUUCAAGCCGAAAUCCAUAGAUUUGAAAGGGAUUCUUGAUCUGAUUGCUUUGAAAGUGAUUGAUGAAAGCCAUAGAUCAGUCCAUAAUAAUACGAUAAUGACCUGUGCUGUUAAAAGCCCGGAGCAAACUAAAGAAAUCGUCAAAACGAUAAUUUCUGUCAAACUUGAUGCAUUAGAUAAAAGUAAGACUUUGUCAGAGGAUCUAGACUCGGAUGACGAUCUACAGCCGUAUGAUAUGUCAAAUGACAUAGCAAUAGCUGAUAAGAAUAGACCAGCAUAUGUCAGAGAUUUAAUAGAGCCCAUAACUGAAGCUAAAGAUGCAGAAAUAUUCGAAACAGCAGUAGAAUCCGCUGAAGAGUUAAUCACUAAACAGCUUAAAAAUGAAGAUCCAAAAUUAGCCGUAGAAUUCCUAGAUCUCUUCAUACAUUUGGAUGCGAAAUUCCAUGUAGACGAUUUUGAUAACAUCAAAUUUAAUACAGCAGUUGCUGUACUCUGCAGUCACCCUAAAAUUUGCGCUGAGCAUAUUUGCAAAGAGAUUCAUACUGAUGUUGGAAGAUAUUCUAUUGCGACUAAAAUAUUUAUGCUAGAUGUACUUUCUGAAUCAGCCAAUAGGAUCGCUGAUGUCAGACCUCAAAGUGAACCAAAAUUGGUUAAACCUGAUGCUGUAAAUCAAGAAGAAGAAAAUAUAUCACCAGAAGAAGUUAUACGACGCAGACUUAUACAGAAAACUAGGUAUUUCCACUCAAAACGACCACAUCCUUUUGCUAAAGCUAAAAAGAACCAAUUUGCAGCAGUCUCUGACAGUUUUUUCUAUCCAUUAGUCGGUGGAUUUGGAAUAAGACAGCUAUCCCUAAGCCAUCAAAAUCAAAAACAGGACAUCGACAAUAUACUUCUAUUCAAAUAUCUAUCCGUGAUCGGGAACAUAGUUCUAGCAUCGAAGAACUGUCCGAAAUGUCCAAGUUACUGCUGGGAUGUCGUCCAAAUGAUUCUAUAUCUCCGCUACACACCGGACCCAAAAAUACAGUCAUGCGUCAUGGCGAUGCUAGCGAGUGUGCUCAUAGUAUUACCGCAGUCUAUACUUCGAAGUGAGUUUGUAAAACCUAUGACAGAGCUCCGCGCCUGGUUAGACGAUAUGAUCCAAUUUGAAGUAACUUCCCGUUUAAAUAGCCCUAAAUCUGAAACAGCUAUAUUCGCUGCCCAAGUGAUGUCUUUACUUGAUAAUAAUCUAGGUGGUGUAAGUUUGUUGGAAGAUUAGAGUUUGUGUACAGCUUGGCCAGAAACGGUGGAGGAUAAGUGCAAGCAAUGCUCGCGGUUGCUAGGCAACUACGAGGUGUUUUGGACGCAUGAUAUGCCGAUUUCGUCGUAUCGUAAGGUGCGUAAGUAAAUUCGUCCGGGCUGGUUUUGGAGACAAAACAAUAUAUUAAUUUACUUUUUACAUGUGUAACUAUGAUGGUUCAUGGCCUAAAAUCGAGAAAUUAAAACUAUUUAAAGCCAUUUAAAUAUACUAAAUUAUAGAAAAAAUGGGUGCUAUGAAAGUUUUAGAGAUGUUAAUUGAAUGUUUUUCGUAAAUAACACUCAAAUGAGAAUAUUUUUGGUAUUAAAUUUGAAAAUUAACGAAAUGAGACAAAAUUUUACUUUUUAAGUAUUAUUGUAUGAAGUAUUAAGCAUUAACAAGAAUUUUAUUUCAUUACAAAAAUAGUACUUAGUAUUCCACCGAUGUCACGAUUUCUGUUCCGAAUAAAAACAAUGUUCUAUCAAAAGUAUGGUUUUUAAAUAUUUUUAGGAUUCCGUACCUCUAAAAGGAUAAACGGAACCCUUAUAGGAUCACUCGUGCGUCUGUCACAUCCAAUUUUUUUCCAUGUUUUGUCUCGACCACCACCGCUCCGCUACCGUCGACCAAGCUGUACUAUAAUGAUAGCUAUUAUACGCCAUGCUGUAAUAGCAAGCUGCUGGCCCAAAUGUCUGAUGUCUAAAGACUCUGAAUUUAUCGCCUAAUGUAAUCUAGCUGUAAGAAAACUGUAUUUUGUGUGAUUGUACAAUAAUGUAAGACAUUGUCAUUUAGUCAUUUAUAAAUUAGUCUUAAUAUUAGAACUGUGUAGUAGAAAUUCUCAUAUUGUUCCAUAUUUGGCCGUUAUAAAGUCUACUGACAACUAUUGUCGUUCGAAUUGAACAAAUAUUUUAUCCAUACUAAUAUUAUAAAUGGGAAAGUGUGUGUUUGUUUGUCCGUCUUUCACGGCAAAACGGAGCGACGAAUUGACGUGACGUUUUUAGGUGGAGAUAGUUGAAGGGAUGGAGAGUGACAUAGGCUACUUUUGUCUCUUUCUAACGCGAGCGAAGCCGCGGGCAAAAGCUAGUAUGUCAUAUGCGGUAAAAGGUUAACCCUUUGAUCGCCAAAGAUGUCAACGGAAGCCUACAGGCGUAGAAGUAGGAUGUCAAAGAAAUAUCAAAAGUGCGACCAAAACUGGAACAAUUUGCGUUUAUUGGACUAGGUUCACGAGGACGGGCUUAACGUUCAAAGGGUUAAAUUCUAUAAUGUAGUAGUGUUUUAAAAAUGUUUGGAAAAUGACUGAAAUUAAUGUGAUGGCUAUUUGGAAUAAAAAUUCAUGUUAAUUUGUUUUACCUUCAAGAAUUAUGUGUGUGGAAUCUGUCAAUCAAUGUUUAAAUUAAGUGAGAUACGGUUAAUGUUUAGAAAUAUGCAAGUUUUCAAUUAAGGUUCAAUGUUAAACAUUACAAUUACAUAGUGUUCUGACCCAGUGUUCAUCUAUCCACUUUACACAUUUUGAUAAAUAUAGACAAAGCCAUAUCGGAUCAUUAAAGUUGACGCGCGGUUUCAUAAGAUACGAGUUAAAUCGAGCGUCUCUGUGAAUGAAAUGAUAAUUUUGUUUGCCUUCUUACUGCAAAGUUAGCAUGGUUAGGUUUCAGUGAAAUAGUAAAGUAACAAUUUUGGCAAAAUAAAUGUUAUUUCGUAUACAAUUGGAUCGUUAGUACGUACAAAACGUACGUUAAUACGUAUUUAAAAAAUUGGUUGUAAUAUGAUACUAAAAUUUAAAAAAAGGAUGUUGUGAUUUUAGUAAAUAAGGCAACUUACGUUGAAACUAAGAUAAAAAAGUGUGAAAUAAAGCUGUGUCCGGUCUAAUAUUGCUAAUAUAAAAUCUAAACGGUAAACAUUUACAAUAAUGUCUUGUAAACUUGUCACUAUUUUAAAUGUGACAAAAGUAAUUCUUAAAUUCUUCAUUUUUAUUGGUAUAAACCCUGGGACGCCGCUGUCGAAAAUUUGUUACUGAAUGAAUAAGCUUCAAUUUGUUAAUUUAAGUUUAAAUUAGGGAUGGGCCGAAUAUUCGGUAAAUAUUCGGUAUUCGGCAUAUU